UACAAAAUGUUUUGGUUUUGAUGAACCAUGAAUGAUAACAAUUCUUUUUCUUUGGCGCUUUUUAUACUUUUUGAGUUACAAUUUAAUUUAAAACUUUAGCUAUUUGGAAAUUAUGUAAGUCUUUGUACAUAAGAUAAUUUACAUAAUCACAGUUCACAAUUAAUCUUUUUUUGAACAAAUGAUAAUAAAGAGCACCAAAAAUGGAUCAGUUUCACAUUUUUAUAAUGCAGAUUUUAUUUCUGAGUGGCAUCACAUUAGGUUCCAAAAGUUUUAGCUUAAAUGAUAAAGACAAGUGGGCGAUAAGUGUCGCUCGAUACGUUAUAUACGUAUUAACCAUACAAGGCACGAAAUGGGCUUGCACGGUACUUUACGACAUGUACUUAAAACGUGGCGACUUGGAUCUCAAAUUCCUGAAGAAGGUCAACCGGCACCAGGUCAUGCUGUAUCUCGGCUUCAUAGGUUUCCUAGUCCUCAACGAGCAGACUGUUAUAGACGGAGACUUCUCUCAGAUGUUAAUCGCAAGUUUAAUUGUCAAAUAUCCGGUUAUUGAAACAAAAUCUAAAACGAGCGUUAACUACGGCGUGGGCAUGGCAUGCAGCUUCUUCGAGGGCUACCUGACGCACGUGCUGCCGUCUGACGGCGCGCGGUUCGUGGGCUUCGAGGAGAACAUCCGGCGCUUCGAGAGCAAGCAGGGCGUCGUCUUCCCCGUCAAGAAACUCUUCGUCAUCGUCACCAAGUCGCUGUUCAGCCCGCCAGACCUGAAACAGUUCAACAAGACUAAUAGGGAAGAAGCCUCCUCGAUAGAGGCGUGCAGAUCCCUGGAUGCGAUAGAGAAGGACGUGGCGGGCGUCCGCAACCGCAUCUACAAGAACACGGCGUACAAGAUCUACCGCGCGCCGCGCCGCCCCGUGUGCGUGGCCGCCGAGUGCGCCACGCUCCUGCACACGCUCUACAGGGUCACCAAGAACAGGGACCUCUACGAAGUACUGGCCGAUGUGAACGUAGACGACAUCGUCUCUGACUUCACAAACACUCUUCGUAAGAUCAUAGCCAACAGUCCCGAAUGCCGGGGCAAGUGCGAGAUCAUAUAUUUCGAUGACACCGAUCCACAAUUAAACUUCGCAGAUGUACUUCUAGACAGAAUCCGUGAAAUUGAACCAAACUUUGAAAAAAUAAUCGAGACGGCGCAAGCAAGCGGAUGAUGGAUGAAAAUUUAAUAAUUACUUAUUUUUAGAGAUAAAAAUGAUAAUUUGUAUGAAAAAAAGAUAAAAAUAUGACAUAAUAUAAACAUUAUAUUUAGUUAUUAGUAUUAUUUGUUAUAAAAAUCAAAAGGACAUUCAUAUAUUUUUUGUACUUGUUUUGUUUUUCUAAUCACAUUUCUUGAGUCGAGGACAAUCAACAAUUUUCUUAACGUACAUUCUAUCUAAUUAAAAAAAAAACAUCGGAUUAUAUAAAAAAUAUGGGAAUUUAAGAAAAACUGUGACUGUAUUCAUGUUUAAUGAUAGUUUAUUUAGAUAUAAGUAAAGCGACUAGUCAACAUGACAUCCUUAUUGUAAGUUAUACUGUUGUAAACAAUAUAGUCAUUUGAUGUUCUUAGUAUCAUUUGUAAAGCUUUUUUAAUAUGAGAUAUUAAAAUUGAUAACCCCCACAAAUUGCUAGCAUAGAAACUUUGUCGCAAUAAAAGAAAAUGGAAAGUGAAAAUUUUGGGCCCCACAUUCGCAAUUUUCAGUGACCUAUUUAUGAAUGGAAAUUGGAUUAAAAUGACAAUUUUCGUAUUUUGAAUUUAAAAUUAUUGUGUUGGCAAAAGGAUAAGAUAAUAUGAAUAGUUACAAAUUUAACCUUGUGGCAUUAAUUCAUCGGCCAUUAUAAAUAACAGAAUCGGGGCCCAGGGUGUGUUAGUAAAUUGCGAGUCAAUUAUUGAAAUUGAUUUUUUUUACAAUUAUGUUGUGGAUAUGUAAACAAGUGAGACCUGUUAUGCACACAUGCAAAAUUAGACAAAUAAGUAAAAAAUACUGAUAUCUAAUAUAAUAAACACUUGAAAUAAGUAACGCAAGUGGUAUAAAAUCAUUGUGGCCAUAAAAAUUAUUAUGCAUAAUGUCGUAAAAAAUAACGUGGUCUUGAAAUAUUUGAUUUAAUUAUGAUUAUAAUAAAUGAUUGUGUUCAUU